AUGUUCCUCCGUCCUUUUGCUUCAACAUCGGAAAAGGCUACCAGUGAAAUGCACAUAAACAAUAUACAACAGAUUGCUACAGAAAAUCACUGGUUUAUACAUCGUCGUGUUUUAGCAAUAAUAUCGGAUAAUGGUCCUGAUUGGACAUCGAACUCCAUGGCAAAUAUAUACAAUUUGGGACGUUUCUGGGAAGAAAACAAAUUAGAUGCUUUGAUUUGGACUAGUUAUGCUCCAGGCAACAGUAGAUUCAAUCCGAUUGAAAGAAUGUUCUCCUAUUUAACGAGCUUAAUAGCAAAUGUAAUAUUAGAUCUUGAUCCAUCCUUUCCAUCAAUUCAUGGUCAAUUGGACUCCGCAUUAAUUGACUUGAAAAAAUAUUGGCAUAAGAAACUCUAUGAUAAAUUCAAAAUUGAUUGUCGACCAGUCUUUUCAACUAAUGGAAAUCUGUUUGAUGGCCAUCAAGUAUUUAAACAGGAAUUAAUGAAGAGUUCUAUUAAUUUUGUAAUGAACGAGAUCAAUGAUAAUACUCGUUUUAAUCUGCAAUUAUAUCUUCGACAUUGUGUUAGAUCCUCGUAUUAUGUAUCAUUUAUCAAAUGUAAAGAUCCUGCUUGCCUUCACUGUUCAAGAUAUCCAAUCAAAGCAACGAAAACACUUGACUUUCUUCGAUUAUGCAAUAAUUAUGUGCCAUGGCCUCGAAUGACAUCAAUUAAGCAUCAUUAUGAUACAUUCUUACAACAAGCACAUUCAAUGUUGUGUGGUGAACCAAAUGCUAUGCCAGAUCGAGAAUUACCAUCAGGAGCAAAAGAACGAUGCUUGACUUGUAAAUUACCAUACAUUUUUUUCUCGAAUGCCGAUCAACAAAGGCAUAUGGUCUGGAUACAUCAAUUAAAUUUAUCAUCAAAUAAAAAACGAAAGCGCUUAUCAUCUACGCCAUCCUUGAAGUCAAAGAUUACAUAUCAUUCACAGCAUCAAGACAUCAAAAGACGUGAUGUUUCUCCAGAAUAUUAA